GCGCAUGCUCACUCCCAAGUUUCCUGGUGCAUUUUCUAUUCCACCUUAUGAAACUUUUUUUUUUCUCCGUGUGGUCUCACCCACGAUUUAAGAAAUAAGCGAGGAGCAGGCGGAGAGAUCGAGGCCAGGGUGGGGGCCCAACUGGGAUAGCAGAGGGCUCAAGGGCCCUGGGGGGGAGUGCCGGGGAAAGGCAAAGCAAGGCGAGGCGAGGCGGGAAGGUGGGGUGGGGAACCCUGGAUUCUCCGGGCAGGAGAAGCAGCCGCCUCUUGCGGAGUUCUGAGAGAGGAAGAGACGAGGGUGAGAAGGGGGCUGUUAUCCGCACGGAAAAGUUCAGGGGCGCGAGCUCGCCAGUCUGAGAGGGGGGAGCUGGAACCAGGUAAAGGUAAAGGGUACCCGAACCGCUCUCCUCUAUUCUCCCAAACCCCACCAUGCCCAAAGUCUUCCUGGUGAAGAGAAGAAACCCAGUGGCUACGAUCCGCAGUUGGGAUGAGCUCCCAGACGAGGAAAGAGCCGACACCUACAUCCCAGUGAGCCUGGAUUGCAUGCUCCACUACAGCACGGAGGACUACCGCAGCGAGAGCAGCAGCAGCAGCAGUAGCAGCAGCAGCGAAAGCAGCGGCGGCGGCAGCAACGGAGACCCCGGGGGCGCCGAGCUCCGCUGCCUAGAGAGCAGCAGUGGCGGCUCCGUGCAGGAGUCGGAGCCCAGGGACCAUCUCGCUCCUCAAUCGGGAGCCCCAGAACCCAGAACCAACGAGGAGCCAGUGCUGCACCUGGCAGGAAAGCGCCCGACCGCCAGGUCUAAAAUCAAGUUCACAACUGGGACCUGCAAUGAAGCUAUGGUGUAUAGUUGUGAGCUGUGUGGCAAAGGCUUCCGUCUCCAGAGGAUGCUGAACAGACACCUCAAGUGCCACAACCAGGUGAAAAGGCAUCUGUGUACCUUCUGUGGCAAAGGCUUCAAUGAUACUUUUGACCUGAAACGGCAUGUCCGGACUCACACAGGGAUCCGCCCCUACAAAUGUGAGAUCUGCAACAAGGCCUUCACCCAGCGCUGCUCUUUAGAAUCUCACCUGAAGAAGAUCCAUGGGGUGCAGCAGCAGUAUGCCUACAAACAGCGACGGGACAAGCUGUAUGUGUGUGAGGACUGUGGCUACACCGGCCCUACGCAAGAGGACUUGUACCUGCAUGUGAACAGUGCCCACCCAGGAAGUGCUUUCCUCAAAAAGACCUCGAAAAAACUGGCCGCCAUUUUACAGACGAAGCUGACUUCUGUUCUCCAGAGAAAUGCCAAACUGAGUGAGGAGGACAAAUGAUGGGCGAGAAGGAGAGGAAGAGAGGGACUCGUGUUGGGACUGAUGCUAUGAAGUUUACAUGUUUGAUAAGUUUAUAUGCUGGUUUUGUCCCCCUCUCUUUUUAGAUUUUUUUUUUAAAUUAACAAAAGUUCAGAGAUCUCUUUGUUCCUUCUGGUUCCUUCAAGAUAGUGGCCUCUUCCAUCCUUAGGAUACCACCACUUGGAAUGGAGACCAGACGGUCACAAAAAGGUGUAUGUUUUGUUCUGUUUUGUUUUUAAAUAGGGGCCGUUAUUGUGUUGUGUUAUGUACAAUCAUUGUUAGGACUCUAUAAAAGGGGAUAAAGGUCUUCUUGAAGACACUAUUAUUUUUAUUCUACAAGAAUCCGGGGUGCUGGUGCCUUGAAGGAAAGUUAGCCUCACUCAGAUGUUGUAAAGAUGAGAAUGGCAUUAUUUCCUUUCUAACCGAGUUUACAGAAAUUAUUUUAGUAAAUGAAAUGGCCCUAUGAACCUUUUUUUCUAAGAAGAGACCAACUCUAUUUUCAUGUCGGACUUUUUGGUGUGAACUUUGACUUCAGAUUGUGUUUUUGAUUGUUUUUGAGAUUGAUUGGGAAGGGAGUUAAAAAAAAAGACAGCCAAGAGCUGGGGCAAAAAAAAAUCAAAGCUAAAGCUGAGGAGCAUCCAAAAUGCAGAUCUUCAAGAUGCUCCACCUUCCCUUGGGAGUCAUGUUGGCACCUUGUUGGCACACAAACUAGCAAGGUGCUGCUGCUAAGUGUAAAAAAAAAUAAAUAAAAGAAGGUAAAUUCACAA